AUGGAAGACUACGAGCCGGAGUGGUGGCCCACCCUCAGGGAGCGCUUGUGCUCGGAUGGCUUCUCAUUUCCCCGAUACCACAUCAAAUUGUCUCAUCUGAGGAGGAUCCACAGAGCUGUCGUCCUUGGUAAUCUGGAGAAACUGGAGUACCUUCUCACGUAUCAUGACGCCAAUAAGAGAGACAAGAAGGAAAGGACUGCCCUACAUUUGGCCUGUGCCACUGGCCAACCGGAAAUGGUAUUUCUCCUGGUGUCCAGUAGAUGUGAGCUUAAUCUGCAGGACCGUGAAUGCAGGACACCUCUCAUCAAGGCUGUACAACUGAGGCAGGAGGCUUGUGCAACUAUUCUGCUGCAAAAUGGCGCCGAUCCAAAUAUUAUGGAUUUCUUUGGAAAGACUGCUCUACACUAUGCUGUGUAUAAUGAAGAUACAUCCAUGAUAGAAAAACUUCUUUUAUAUGGUACAAAUAUUGAAGAAUGCAGCAAGGUAUAG